UUAAAAUCGUUCCAUGUGCCACAAAUCAGCUGUUGUCGUGUUGAGGAAGGUGCGGAGGAAUUUCUUCGACCGCUUUGGAUUAUUUUAUAACAAUUCUCGAUUUAGUAAAUUAAAUUAACAAUGAAGUAUCCCACAAACUACUUAAAACUGCUCAACUUUAGACUGCGUAAUCAUUCCUUCACACCAAGAAACCUCUUACAUACAUCCAACACAGAAGGACCACAAUUGGAGGUGAAAUUUUCAAAUGGACGAAAUCUCAUUAUGACAGCUGGCAGGUAUGCCCGAUUCGCCAAUGCAACUGCCGUGUGUGAAAUGGGUGAUACGGCUGUUAUGGUAACUGCUGUCUCAAAGCAAAAACCCACACCGGGCACAAAUUUCACACCUUUAGUAGUGGAUUAUCGUCUGAAAACAGCAGCCUCUGGUCGUAUUCCCACCAAUUUCUUUCGCCGUGAAAUGGGUCCUUCGGAAAAGGAAAUUUUAUCGGCUCGUCUUAUUGACAGAUCUGUGAGACCACUGUUCCCCGCCGAGUAUAGAACAGAAACCCAAUUGGUGUGUAAUAUGUUGGCCAUGGAUGCUGUAUAUUCGCCCGAUGUGUUGGCUUUGAAUGCCUCUUCAUUGGCUUUAAGUUUAAGUGACAUACCGUGGUAUGGUCCCAUUGGAGCAGUAAGAUUAGGCCUUUGUGAUGGUGAAAUAAUUGUCAAUCCCACACGCCGUGAACUUCAAUCUUCCCAAUUGGAUUUAGUGGUAUCAGCUACCAAACAAAAUCUCGUCGUUAUGUUAGAGGGCAAGGGCAAUGUAGUAUUGCAACAAGAUCUCCUCAAGGCCAUAAAGCAAGGAACACGAGAAGCUCAAAGUAUAGUUUCAGAAAUCGAACGUCUGCAAAAACUUCAUGGCAAAGAGAAGAGACCAUUGGAACAAAUCACCACAGUUGGUGAGGAAAUUUCCGCUGCAGUGCGUAGCAUGAGUGAAAUGCGUUUACGUGAAAUCUUCCAAGAUGCUAGUCAUGACAAAAUAUCCCGUGAUGUGGCUGUAAAUGAUGUACGCACAAAUGUAAUUGACAAGGUGUGGUCCAGUUAUCCCGAUACCGAACCAGCCCUUAUAACUGACGAGUUUAAUCGUUUUUGUAAAACGAUAUUUAGAGAAUUGAUAUUUGAAACUGAUCGCAGAUGUGAUGGUCGUGAUUUUGAUAGUUUAAGAAAUAUUAGCUGUGAGGUGGAUUUGUAUAAACCUUUACAUGGCUCGGCUCUAUUUCAACGAGGCCAAACUCAAGUGUUCUGUACUGUAUCUUUAGAUUCCCAAGAAUCUGCCAUGAAACUGGAUACUUUAUCAGCUUUGGAAAGUGGAGUAAAAGCCAAAAACUUUAUGUUACACUAUGAAUUCCCUCCAUAUGCCACCGGUGAAGUGGGCCGCGUUGGUGGUGUUGGCCGAAGGGAAUUGGGACACGGAGCCUUAGCGGAAAAAGCCUUAGUACCUACACUGCCAAAUGAUUUUCCCUUUACUGUAAGACUGACAUCAGAAGUGCUCGAAUCGAACGGUUCCAGUUCUAUGGCAACUGUUUGUGGUGGCUCUAUGGCAUUAUUGGACGCCGGUGUACCCGUUUCAUCACCUGCGGCCGGUGUUGCCAUUGGUCUUGUCACAAAAUAUGAAAAUAAUGACACCAAACACUUACAAGACUAUCGUAUUUUAACUGAUAUUUUGGGCAUAGAAGACUAUCUAGGUGAUAUGGAUAUGAAAGUUGCGGGUACUCGUAAAGGUUUCACUGCAAUACAAGCUGAUUUGAAAAUACCAGGCAUUCCAUUAAAAGUUGUUAUGGAAGCACUACAAAAAGCCACCGAUGCCAAAGCAAAAAUAUUGGACAUAAUGGGGGAGGCAAUACGCGAACCAAGAAAAGUGAAAAAAGAUUGUUGGCCAGUUACGGAGCGCAUUACCGUGGAACCGCAACAACGGGCCCAGUUAAUUGGACCAGGUGGCAUAAAUUUGAAAAAGCUUUAUGUUGAAACCGGUUGUACAGCAACGACUGAAGAUGAGACAACAUUUACUCUGUUUGCACCAUCCCAGUCGGCAAUGCAUGAAGCCAAGGAAAUGAUUGACACAUUCUUAGUGCCGAAGGAAAGAAUACCUGAUUUAGAAUUUGGUGGCAUUUAUACGGCAAAAAUUACCGAAAUACGUGAUACUGGAGUUAUGGUCAUAUUAUAUAAUAACAUGCCUCCAGCUUUACUGCAUAAUUCACAAUUAGAUCAAAGAAAGGUUGCCCAUCCCUCUGCCUUAGGCCUUGAAGUUGGCCAAGAAAUUCAAGUGAAAUACUUUGGCCGUGAUCCUGUCUCAGGUUUUAUGCGUCUCUCACGUAAAGUUCUACAACCCACUACCAGCAUUAUACGUAGCCUUAACAAAUCCAAUGCCAACGAUGUACAAAAUGAAAACUCGCCAUCUACAUCCUCAUGAUCAUAGUAGUCUUUGUUUACCAAAAACUAAAUAGGUAUAAAUAAUAUUUGUUAUUCUAAGUAAUUUUAAAUAGUUGUUUUAUUUUUUAUGAUUUUGUUCGAUAAAAAAAUGAAUGUUUUACAUUUGUUAUCUUUAGAAAUGUAUAAAAAUCUUAAAGAAAAAAAAUGAAAAUAAAAAGUUUUGCAAGUCUUGGAAAUGCAAAUGCGAAAAUGAAACUUUUCAAUAUUUUGAAAUUAUGAAAAUAAAUGAAAAAUAAUUUCACAUGUAA